UGUUUCGAUUAAGCGUUUGACAGAAUCCUUGGAAGCUUCGUCUUGGAAGUUUGUUUUACUGAUUUACGAAAUUUUGUGGAAAUGAAUUAUCAGUGAAAAUCUUGUUAUAAACUUGAAAAAUUAAAUAUCUGGAUCGUUGAUUGUGCUUUCAUCAAACAUGGGCAAGAAAAAGGAUAUGUAUUUGGAUCGCGAAGACGACUUCCAUGGAUUUUCUCACAAGAAACACAAAAAGCAUAAGAAACAUAAGAAAAGCAAAUAUCAACCGGAAGAAUAUGCACCUCCGACGUACGACUAUGUCCCGGAAGAGGUGGAACAAACCGUCGAGGUGAUGGAAGAGAUCGAGUACAUGGAAGCAGAUCCGGAGCCGGAGAUUAUAGCUGAAGUUGAGGCGGAGACCGAGCCAGAACCGUCCACUUCAAUGGCAAUACCAGUGGCUCUGGCAUCUGCUUCAUCCAUCAUGCCCUCCCCGGGGCCAUCGUCAAAAACAACCCCGCCAGGUAAAGGAACUUCAGCGACAAAAACAUCAAAGAAAAAGAAAGGCAAAGGUCGGGACAGCGGCACGUCCAGCGAAGAGGAACGAUGGCUUGAUGCAAUCGAAUCCGGCAAACUGGAAGAAGUAGACGACGAGCUUAAGAAAAUAAAACCUAAGGAUCCCAAGCUGAUGACGGCCCGCCAGAGGGCAAUGUACGAGCGAAACACAGACAAGGACACCAACAACUUGAGCGGCGAAAUGCUGAUGGCCCUUCCCACUGGAUACAAAGAAAAAGUAAUGACCGCAGAAGCGAUCCAAAAAGCCCAGCUAAAAUCCCAGAAGCGCAAACAGUUGGCGGAUGAAAAACGUGAAAAGGACAAAAAGAAAACCAUGGAGCGAUUGCUAAAAAAACAGGAUUCAAAGUCAGUGAAGGCCAUCAAAAAUCGACCCGUGAAAGCUCAACUUCCGAUGAUAACCUAUGUGAAUACGGUGGAAGGUGCGACGAUUUCCCUUCCGCCAAACGUGGAGUUUCCACUUCAACCACAGACACCAAUAGAACCUCCGAAACCCGUCAUUUGCGGAAUGCCCAACUGCACCAACGUUAAGCGGUAUAAUUGCUCUAAAACCAAUAUUCCACUAUGCAGCUAUCGAUGCUAUAAAAUGAAUGUAGAUUCAAUAAAGCAAAUCAUAUGCUAGAUCAGUGAAA